ACAGAGCCCGGCGUGUGGCUCCUUGGCUUUCGGCCGCGGUUUCAGUGGCCGGUAGCGGAGAGGCGCCGGCUUAGUGCUCAUCGCCUCGGCUGCGCUCAAGGGAAAGAAGGCUCCUGGUGUGCAGGGCUCAGUCGCUGGGCCGUUCAAACGACUGCUUUGCCCCGCCGGACUGCUGGGAUGCGUGAAAAAACUGGGAGUUGUAUGCAUCCCGGCAUUUUACCUCCCAAGGACAUGGCUGAGCAGGAUAUGGCUGAGCAGGAUGUAGAGAAUGAGUUGCUGGACUAUGAAGAUGAUGAAGAGCCUCAGGCAGUGACAGAUGCAACCCCUGUCCUUGCUAAAAAGGAUGUGAAGGGUUCUUAUGUCUCCAUUCACAGCUCUGGCUUCCGAGAUUUCCUGCUGAAGCCAGAGUUACUUCGUGCCAUUGUGGAUUGCGGCUUUGAACAUCCAUCAGAAGUGCAGCAUGAAUGCAUUCCUCAGGCAAUCCUGGGUAUGGAUGUACUAUGUCAAGCCAAAUCGGGCAUGGGCAAGACAGCUGUUUUUGUAUUGGCUACUUUGCAGCAGAUUGAGCCGCUGGAUGGACAGGUCUCAGUGCUAGUGAUGUGUCAUACCCGAGAGCUGGCAUUCCAGAUCAGUAAAGAAUAUGAACGCUUCUCAAAGUAUAUGACCAAUGUCAAGGUAUCGGUUUUCUUUGGGGGGCUUUCUAUCAAGAAAGAUGAAGAGGUACUUAAGAAAAACUGUCCGCAUAUUGUUGUGGGAACCCCAGGCCGUAUUCUAGCAUUGGUGCGCAACAAGACACUCAAUUUGCGUAAUGUGAAGCAUUUUGUUUUGGAUGAGUGUGACAAGAUGCUUGAGCAGCUAGACAUGCGCCGUGAUGUGCAGGAGAUCUUUCGGUUGACACCCCAUGAAAAGCAGUGCAUGAUGUUUAGUGCCACCUUGAGUAAGGAGAUCCGGCCUGUCUGCAGGAAAUUCAUGCAGGAUCCGAUGGAGGUAUUUGUGGAUGACGAGACAAAGUUGACUCUACACGGUCUGCAGCAGUACUAUGUAAAGCUGAAGGACACAGAGAAAAAUCGCAAACUUUUUGAUCUGCUGGAUGUACUGGAGUUCAAUCAGGUUGUGAUAUUUGUAAAGUCCGUGCAGCGCUGCAUGGCACUAGCCCAACUUCUGGUUGAGCAGAAUUUCCCAGCUAUUGCUAUACAUAGGGGCAUGUCUCAGGAAGAGAGGCUCUCUAGGUAUCAGCAGUUCAAGGACUUCCAGCGUCGUAUCCUGGUGGCCACUAAUCUGUUUGGCCGUGGGAUGGACAUAGAGCGAGUCAACAUAGUCUUCAACUAUGAUAUGCCUGAGGAUUCUGAUACCUACUUACACAGGGUGGCCCGGGCUGGGCGCUUUGGUACAAAAGGCUUGGCCAUUACCUUUGUGUCAGAUGAAGGUGAUGCCAAAAUCCUCAAUGAAGUGCAGGAUCGCUUUGAGGUCAACGUGGCUGAGCUCCCGGAAGAGAUUGACAUCUCCUCAUAUAUCGAACAGAGCCGGUAGUUCACCGAGUUCGCCGAGCCUCUUCUCUCAGCCCAGGGUGGAACUGGAGAUUGAGCACAUCUCACUUCUCUUCUGCUGAACCCAGAUGAAUAUCUUCUUGAAAAGACAUGCUAUGCAAUAUGUAGGGAUGUUGGUUCUUAACAUGAAGUCUUACAAAGUGCCCAGAUGGUAUUUUGCCUCAGCUCAAGCCUGGGGGCUUUUUUAAUUAGAUGUUUCUAUUUUCUGAAUAGUCAGCCCCUGGGGCUAAGUUUCAUAAAUAAAAU